AGCGGCCACGUCGCCCCUCGUUCGCCAUAUUUGCUGGAGGAAUGCUCUGGAGGAGAGCGGCAUCGAGCCGGUUCACAGUCACCGCAAUCACCCCGAGCUCUCUUUAACUCUACUACAGUCAGCUCGAGAGAGGAAGACAUCAUGAACAUCUUUAGACUGACUGGAGAUCUGUCUCAUCUGGCUGCCAUCAUCAUCCUGCUGCUCAAGAUCUGGAAGACCAGGUCCUGCGCAGGUAUCUCUGGGAAGAGCCAGAUACUCUUUGCCUUGGUGUUCACCACACGCUACCUGGAUCUCCUGACAUCCUUCAUUUCUCUCUACAACUCUUGCAUGAAGAUUAUCUACAUCGGAUGUGCCUACGCCACAGUCUACCUGAUCUACGCAAAGUUCAGGGCAACUUAUGAUGGGAACCACGACACUUUCAGAGUUGAGUUUCUCGUGGUUCCUGUGGGAGGUCUCGCCUUUCUGGUCAACCACGACUUCUCUCCGUUGGAGAUUCUGUGGACCUUUUCCAUCUACCUUGAGUCCGUGGCCAUCCUGCCUCAGCUUUUUAUGAUCAGCAAGACCGGCGAGGCCGAGACCAUCACCACGCACUAUCUGUUCUGCCUGGGGGUCUACCGCACCCUCUACCUCUUCAACUGGAUCUGGAGGUUCUACUUCGAGGGCUUCUUUGACAUGAUUGCCAUCGUGGCUGGAGUCGUCCAGACGAUUCUCUAUUGUGACUUCUUCUACCUUUACAUCACAAAAGUGCUGAAAGGAAAGAAGCUGAGUCUACCAGCCUAAGUGCCAAAGAACAGAGAGCUGUGUCUCCAUCAGACUUAUAGAGGGGCACAAGCCAAUGAUGCCAUCGCAAGAUGCCCAAGACAAAGAACGCAUAACGCCAGUUCAGUCACUGAUUUAUUUCUCUCCGCCUGGACACCAACCAUCCCCUUACAGAAACGAGGACGUUUUUGCAAACUUUUCUUCUGUCUUUCGCAUCUUGCAAUGCUUUUUUUUUUAUUGCUAUCGAAAAGAAAAAGAAGAAUAAGCUUUUCUAUAUACAAGGUGUAUUGAAAUAUCGAAAAGUGCAUUGUACACAUUGACGGUUAAAUGCGUCGUUGUAAAUUUGUCCAUGAUUGGAAAUGACUCCCAGUGUCGAAUAAGUUUGUGGUUCUUUCCUGAUUUAAGAGGGGUAAGAAAUGAAAUGUGUAAAUUCAAGAAUUCAGAUUAUUAUCCCUAUUAUUUUUUUUCCAAACAAUGUACAUUUGGUUUAAAUUCGUCCCUUGCUUCAAUGAACGAUUUUGCCACCACUGAAAAUUUUCAAAGAAAGUCCUUUUCAUUUUUCCCCCUCUCAUAAAUGCCUUAUUUGUAUUUUUUUAAGUUAAUGUACAUAACCAUUUUGUGUUGAUGCCCCCAUAGCAAUGAGUCAGCUGUAAAUAAGAGAGCAUUUCAUGUUCUCUUUGUCACCCAUAUCAUUUUUUUUUCAUCAAGUCAACAUUUAUUCAUGAUAUGUGAUAUUACAGCAAGGCUGUUUAAAUAUUCAGUUAUUACCUGCAAACAUCAGCUUGUUGAAAUGCAGUAAUUUAUGGUAAGAGCAUUAAAUAUAGUGCUGUGGAUACUGUCAAAGCACAUUUUGGAGUGAGUUUUGUAGCCUAGUAUUUUUUUUUUUAUGAACUACAGCUUGUUUUCUUUAAGUUCAACAUCCCCAAUGUUUUCCCCUCUUGAGUCAUUCCUGCAGGGUUAACAGUUGUUUUUUUUAGUUUUUACAUGUCUCCAAUAAAUAUUUUAAGGGACAUGA